AUGGAAGAGGCAUACAAUUUAUCGGUGGCGAUCAACAACAAUUUGAAGAAUUACGAUAGAAAGUUGCGGCCUAAUGCUGGGGGUAAGCGUUGAAUUUGUAUUUGAAUUUUUAACUUUGUAUUAGUACAUGGUAGUUUACUUCACCUCGAAUAUAUUCAACCAUGCAUGCAUUUCUCAUCUUGUAUCUUCCCCUCAUUUUUGAAGCUUUCUUUAUUUACAAACUGCUGAGAAUACAGACAAGUCUUUUGUAAGAUUUUAACUGCACAUAUCAUCUGAAUUGAGAAUAAAAUUUAUCAUUUGCUAAAUAUUCGUGCAGGAGAGCCGGUCAUGGUCCAAGUAGAGUUCAAAGUUAUUUCAUUCGGUGAAAUUAAGGAAGUGAAUAUGGUGAGUUGUUGUUGACUUUAAAGUUUCUCCAUUGAGGAUAUGAUAGUCUGUUCUGAUUGCUACGCGUUGCAAUGUCAGCGUUAUAUUUCUGUAGCAUUAAUCUUCCGCGCCUUUAUUUUGCCCUUCCGCCAUUUUUUGAACGCAGUGGUUCGUCUUUCAUAGCAUCGGAUUACACUGUAAGCAAAUCACCGGUCAAUGGAUACUUUCUAGUGUACAACCCAAACUUAAAAAUAUGCAUGAACCACUUUUGUAAAACAGCCUUGAGAUAACGUCCCUGUAUGGUACAAGUUCUUGAGGGUCGACACAACUUGGGAUAUCGACUCGUAUCGAUUUCUUCAACGUAAGAUAUUCUUUGUUGGUAAGUGGAUACCUGUGGAAAUCCUGAGCCGUGGAAUUUGCCAGUAAAGACAGUUCGUCGCAAAAACAUACACAAUGCGAGAGAUACAUACCAUAAGAAAAAGCAACUUGGUAAGGGGCACUUAUUCCCUCGGCUUUGGUCUCUCUCACUUUCAAGUCAUAAAGCAAACAGGCAAACAGAAACUCUGUCACACUCCGUUUAUUGACCGGCUGUAAGAGAGCACAUAAGGUGCUAAAAAACUAUAUCAUGUCAAAGUAAUAUAGGGCCUAAUGACAUGUACAAAGGAACAAAAUAACGAAAAGUUGAUGAAUCAGUAGGCCAUUUGACUGAAACUGAAAAAAAAAGGUUACAGAAUAUGAUUAUAAAAUAGCAUCCAAAUGUUAAUUUAUUUUCUAUAAUUUUAUCAAGGAGAAGCGGUUUCACUUCAAACUACUGAUGGUGGUGUUUAUAAUAAAUUUUAGGAGUACAGCAUGGACAUAUUCUUCCGCCAGUGGUGGAAAGAUCCCCGAAUGAGGCAUAAUUCUACUACUCCAUUUAACAUGGCGUUUGACCCAACAAAUGUCUUCUGGACACCGGAUACUUAUUUCUGGAAUGUUAAGCAUGCAAAAUAUCACUACGUUACCAGAGAAAACAUGCGGGUCAGAAUUUCUGCGGAUGGAGAGAUAUACUUCAGUACGAGGUGCACAUAGAGUUUUUGUUCAUUAUUUAUCAGAGCACGUGUUUUUUGUUAAGGGCUAUACGUAUACAUUGUCAAAAUUAGUUUUGAAUUUUUUUGGAAGGCAGUUAUUAUCGUGUCGAAGGAAGAAGGCAAAGUCUGUUCUUAAGCCCGGUGGCCCUCACUACGUAGCAGCUAAUUCCUGUUACCAUCGCAUGAAGCGGCUGGGAUUAUUUUUUUCCCAGUGGAUAGCAUGCUAGUCCAUACAUCGAAGCUAAGCCCCUCACGCGGUUUUUUUUAAGGGGGGGGGGGAAGGGGGUAGAUACGGCUUUUGCAGUCGACUGGUUGUGGGAUAAUCAAAAUUUACCCUCAGAGUUGUGUUAGGUUUUCCUGAGAAUUUACCAGCAUCUGGUUACGUUCUUUAUUCACCCUGGGUGAAUAAAGUAUCUUUCCCGAGAACACAACUUUACGACUUACUAAAUUGCAAAGGGCGAUUGAAAAGUGACAACAUGACGAUCUCAGCCAAGGCUUGAUCACGUCAAUACUUCCAAGACAAGGAGUAGGAAGAGAAAAGCCCAAAUUAAAGAAACACGUUUUUCAUCACACAAAGGUUCAACUGAUGAGGUGAAAAGUUGGUUUUGAGCGCUCUCAAUAUUGUCGGUCGGAGCGCAGGAAAACACAUAUCAUCUUAUAUCCACGUCGAACAAACUCCUUUUUUAUUUUCUCUCAUAUUAUGUUCUGUUGCAACACCCAGAGGAAAAAGUUUACUUGGUACAAUAUCUAUCUUAUUUGUUUUGUUAGGAUAACGAUUGUGGCUCAAUGUGACAUGGAUCUGCGGCUGUAUCCAAUGGAUACCCAACACUGUGCAUUGAGAAUCGAGAGCUGUAAGUAUGGUAAUGGACCAGGCGCAAAGUAGCGGAAAAUUUGCCCCUUAACUUUCGCUACUGCAAAGUGUUUAAAUUUUUCCAUUUGAAAACACUUAUCAGUCAGACUAUUGUUACAGUGCUGAGUUUCUUCUGAUGAUUUAUGUGCAUGUUUUUUUUUACUAUUUUGUCCCUUAUGGGGCUUAUAGAAAACUUCGGUUAGGGUCGAAAUAUCAAAGGUAAUCAUGUAAGAUAAUUAAGCAAAAUGAGUCAGAUAGUGAGGAAUCGAAAAAAUUAUAAAAGAUAACAUUAGACUGCCUUAGUCUUAAGGAAACGCGCACACCAGAUAGCAAGUGGUUUUCUUUUGUUUCUGAAUUGAUGAAAGUGUAUUUACAAGGUUCAAGCGAAACACAUGCAAAAAUGUAGUACGAAUCUUCCUUUCACCGAUUGCAGUUCUCGCCGAUUGUGGUUCUAAAAACAUUACCAGGCCAAUCCUGUUUCUCUGUUUCUCCUCAGAUGCCCACACAGUGGCAGACGUAGACUAUAAGUGGAAAAUUGGUAAAAAUAAAGGGAUCGAGAUUGUCUCCUCAGAGUUGGCUCAGUUUGAUCUUCUUCGCGUCGUGACUGAGAAUAAAGCAAGCACUAAUAGCAAAGGUGAGAUAACACAUGUAUUCUUGGCGCAUAUCCCCUUAUUACCUUAGCUUUCCCCAGUGAGGACCGAGGGGAAGGGGAGGGGGAGGGACGGUCUAGCCUUCUCAGCUUAUCAUUGUAUCCUCUGCGUGAAAUACCCAGCCAGGAGUUCUGCUUCUACCAUAUGCGAGACAGUGGCAUCUCUUUACCCACCCAAAAAUCUCUUUUAGUGCUCAGCUCUAAUCUAUGACAAACCAUUUUCCACUGUUUAACUUAUAAAGAAACUAAACUUGUAAUAUUUGCUCUCUAUCCUUAAAAAUCUUGAAUCGGUAUAUUGGAAUUUUAUCAAUGGCCGCAUGGUUACUUAACGCAUAUUUGACUCAUUCGAAUAGGUCUCUAUAGUGCCUCACGUAUUCCACGAGUAACAAAGUUACUGAUCCUCUGUUAUUCCUUUUCCACUUCAAACAACUCUGUUAUUUCCAACUAUUUUAAGUAUUUUAAGUAUACAACAGAAGUACACUUAAAUGGCGUCCAUGGUUUUCUUCGCUCAGGUUCAUUUGCCAAAUUAGUAGCGGUGUUCUCCUUCAGACGUCGUCUUGAUUAUUACAUUUCAUCCGUGUACGUACCGGAAGUCAUCUUGGUAGUGUUGUCAUGGUGCACGUUUUUCAUCACACCCUCAGCUGUUCCGGCAAGAAUAUCUCUCAGUAUCACAACUAUUCUGACCACCAUCCUACUAUCCAGCACCUUAAAUUCAAAUAUUCCAAAGGUAAAACACACGGAAAUUGCUUACUCGGGGCUGUUAUUUAACCGUGUUCUGACCCAUGCUCAUCGAGACGUUGAUUUUUGCCAACAAUGUCAAGUAUGCUUAUCGCUAGCACGAGAAAAGAAUGAUUCAUCUCAAAAAGUUAUGCAUAAAAUAUAAUCGUACAUCUUUAAAUAAACCUUCUUCAAUAACUGGCCUUUAGCAUCUAGAAGUUAAGCCCUAGAAAAUGUUAGAUCAUACGACCAAGGGUGUGUGUCGGACGAAAGUCGUUCCCAGGCUGUAGUAAUUGUUAAACUGUUACUUUUAAAUUUUAGGUCAGUUACAUGAAAGCCGUAGACUACUUUAUGCUAACGUCCUUCGGCUUUAUCUUCACGGCUCUGGUGGAAUACAUUAUUGUGCUGAACACCCCUGAGGCAUUUUCAGAUAGUUUCAACUGCUUCGAGAAAAAGCAGAAGAAUGAACCAGUUCAAGUUCAGGUAACUUCUAUUCAAUGCUGUCCUUGAAAUAACACCAACGAGUUAACUCAUUGGCAUAAAUUCGGGGUCAGACAGUUUUAUUGUGAUCUUGCGUUACAAACUUCGUCUUACGCAAGCUAGAUCCCCGGAUUCUUCUUUUGCUGCCGUUUUGAAAAAGCUUUUAUCGAGCACGUGUAAGGAGGAAGGAUUAGCAUAUUUUGUCCUUGUGCAUAGUUUAUGACCUGUUUAGUAAAAAUUGUGCUUAUUACAGGACGGACCAGAGGAGUUGAUUCUUAAAAUCAAUGCCUCCCCGAAGAUGCUGGACCUGAGCAAGCCCAGGAAACCUCCUGAAACUAAACCGAGCCCUCCCAAGGAUCACUGGGUCGACAAAUGUUCCCGUAUCCUUUUCCCCGCGUUUUAUGCUCUUUUCCUCAUGGCAUAUGUGAUACAUUACAAGAGAAAAGAGUGAGGGAAGGCUCCUGGGACUGGUCGUCUAAUGGAAUGUUGUCAGUCCAGGAGUAAUUCGUGGUUAUCUGUCUUCAUAACUAUACGGAGUACUCUUUAAUUAUUUAAACAAAUCAGCAUUACUUUGCAGUCAUAUUCGAAUCUUACAGCUUAAAGUCUUCGCGACGUAAAAUGACGCGAAGAAUCAUUACUGCUACGCGAAAACUUUGAAAGUUUGCAUUAUCUGUUCAUAUACAUAUGAUAUGCAAUAUUUAUUUUGGUAGCUGAAUUGAAUUGCGUCGAGGCUUGCGCUCUUGUAUGAAAAACUCAGGUAAAAAUUGUACGUGCUCUGACGACAAACUGCAGCCUUUGCAAGUGCAAGUGCGACAAUGCUAAUACAGUGUACAAUGAAUAUACAAUUAUUGUAAUAAAAUGAUUAGAGUAAUAUUACUCCUAUCAAUAAGGAGGAAUGUUCGGGAAAUCGGCCAGAAAAACUUGAAAAUGAUGGUUAUGGCCGCCGUAAAUAGAUUAUGCAAAUUUCAGCUGAUCUUAAUUAGGCGAGAAUGCGACCUUUGGAAUCAACGUAAAAAGAGCUGUCGAAGAUCUUAUUCCUCUCGCAAAGCAACAUUGAAAUCCUCCGUUCGUCUUCAAUCAUAAAUAUCUUAAAUUCAACAACGAACUGCUUCUUUUAAGAGCUUCGAAAAAACCGCUGCCUUUUGGAGAGUGGGAGUUAAAACAAUUUUUUUUUCAGUAGCUUAACAUAUAUUUAACACUAGUCUUGGUUUCUCUCGACAUUCGUAAAACAGCUUUAAGCCCUUCAAUAUAUUGAAGGACCUCUCCCAAAUCAAUAGCUCCAAAAUAAGCAUAUACUCCAUAUACGUAAAACUAAAUUUUCCUACUGAGUGGGUUUAUGUGUCCAUCGUAAUGAUGCGGUAACAACCAGAUAAACUAAAUUCAUAUCUGUUAUUAUCGCUGCCCAAAAUCUCCUUAUCGUGUUAUCAAUAAGGACUAUUUAAACCAAAUGAUAUUUAAAACUUCAUCAAUCGCAAAUCUACUUACUAUUGUCGUAUUUACAAACCAAGACCAGUGGCUGGCAAAUCAAUUUUUAUUAAUGUCAUG